AGAGAGAAGCACCAGACAUCUGAGCCAACUUUCGCCUAGCAUUGUCUGUGGUGUACUGGAUCACAUUGUCUGCAGUUAUCUCGAUUCAACACCGUCUUAAAGAUGGUCUUCAAGUAUCAUUGCUUGGUGUGGGCCCUCUGCAUCAUCACUGAGGCUAUGGGGCACACUUGCCCGGCGACCACGGCAUGGGGUCGCCUCCCUGGGGCCUUGAAGCACGUAUCAGUGGGCCUGUCAGGAGUAUGGGGCGUCAACGUUCACGACAACAUCUACUACAGAGGCAACUCGUACGGUGAGGAAGAGAGCGCAACCUGUGCGGCCUGGCAACAAAUCGGUGGGGCUCUGAAACAGCUUGACGUGGGGAAGAACGUAGUGUGGGGCGUUAACUCACACGAUAACAUCUAUUAUAGACAAGGCAUAUCCGCGACUAAUCCAACUGGUACGAGAUGGGCACGGGUGUCUGGGGCCUUGAAACACGUCAGUGUUAGUCAAAAUGGGCAUGUUUGGGGGGUCAAUAAGCAUGACAACAUCUAUCACCGCAUUGGGGCAAGCAACUGCAACCAGGGCGGGGACACUUGGAGGAAGAUUGGAGGGGCAUUGAAGCAGAUCUCGGUGGGUAACUCCGGGGUGUGGGGUGUGAAUGCGGGCGAUAAUAUCUACUACAGGUUGGGUACUUACGGUGACCUGCCCACUGACCCAGACGGCACUGGGUGGAGACAGGUCUCAGGCGCGCUCAAGUAUAUCAGUUCGGCUGACAUGGUGUACGGGGUUAACUCGGGGGAUGCGAUCUACUAUCGAGGGGGUGUGACGCCCGCCACACCCUGGGGUAGCACUUGGCAUCAGAUCGGAGGGGCCGCGAAGCAAGUUGAGUCUCUGUCGUGCCUGGUGUGGGUAGUCAACUCCAGCGACAAUAUUUGGAAAAAGAAAACUGACUAAAAGGGAUUCUCGAUCAGGAAGGCAAACGUACGACACGCACUGCAAAUCAAACAGCAGUGUCAAUUUGACACCGGUGGUAUCUAUAUAGGACUACCGGUGUUCAAUUAACACUGCAGUUUUGCAGUGAAAAUGGUACUGGUUUGAGACCUGGUUAAUUGAUAAUCACUUGAAAUUAAUAAAUGCAUGAGUUUUAUCUUCUGCUAAGAUUAUACUUUAAUUAGAUCUAUACAUCUGGGUUAUGUGUCUUUCAAGAAACAAAUCUCAUCAUGGUUCAAAUUCUGCUGAACCUUGUCCAAUGUUAACAAUACUGAACUGACAUUCACUUUAGGGCGAUUUCUAAUCAUGUGGCACAUUUUCUUUGAUCAUUGAAAAACAACGCGACCGCCUUUAGGAAUGGCUAAUUGGAAUAUUUUAUGUGAUUUUGCUUUUGGUAUAACGGUUUCCUUUAAGCAUCAUUAUACUUGUGUCGUAUGGUGCGAAGUGCAUUGGCAAUCUUAAACUAAUUUAUGGUAGAUAACAUAAUCAAGGUUAUGCAAAAUUGCGCCCAUUUUUUUCUGACUGAAACAGGUGAAAACUGGUACUUGAAAUACAAAGUAAACUGAGAAACCAUUACGGAAGACCUAAUGAAUUGAACGAGUUUACUGCAAGAAUUAUUGACAAGCUUCGGUCGAACCCAGAAUUUGAUUUCUUUAUUGAAUUUAAGCUUCUAUUUAUGUCGCUAAUGUCUAUAUAGAAUUAGUUAUUUCCUUUCUGGACUAUAUGCAUGAAUAAAUAAAAUGAAACAAUAAAAGCAUGAAAAAAAAA